AUGAGCGGUUCGAACCCGAAGGCGGCGGCGGCGGCGGCGGCGGCGGCUGCGGCGGGGCCGGGGCCCGGAGCCCUGGGGGGGACCAAGGACGAGAAGAAGAAGCCAGGUGGCGGCGUCCUAAACCGGCUCAAGGCCCGGCGCCAGCCGCCGUCCGCCGCCCACCACCAUUCCGCGGACGGCGGCGGCAGCGGCUCCGGGAGGCCCGAGGCCAGGCGGGUCCCGCCGGUCACGGAGCAGGAGCUGCUGGCCCUGGAGACCAUCCGGCCCGAGCACGUCCUGCGCCUCAGCCGCGUCACGGAGAAUUAUCUUUGCAAACCUGAGGACAACAUCUACAGUAUUGAUUUUACCCGAUUUAAAAUUCGUGAUCUGGAAACAGGGACGGUGCUCUUUGAGAUUGCCAAACCUUCUGCUUCAGACCAAGAAGAGGAGGAGGAGGAGGAAGGUGGAGAAGUAGACACCAGUGCGGGACGUUUUGUUCGGUAUCAGUUCACGCCCGCAUUUCUCCGACUCCGAACAGUUGGGGCUACGGUGGAGUUCACUGUAGGAGACAAGCCAGUGUCCAACUUCCGAAUGAUUGAACGGCACUAUUUUCGGGAGCGGUUGCUGAAAAACUUUGAUUUUGAUUUUGGAUUCUGCAUCCCCAGUAGCAGGAACACAUGUGAACAUAUCUAUGAGUUUCCUCAGCUCUCCGAGGAUGUCAUUCGCCUCAUGGUGGAGCACCCCUAUGAGACUCGCUCGGACAGCUUCUACUUUGUGGACGACAAGCUGAUCAUGCACAACAAGGCUGACUAUGCCUACAACGGGGGGCAGUAGCUUCGGGAAGGAGGGCGAGGUGGUGCGCCCGGUGUGCCGAGGGGACCACGCCUCAACACCCAUGCCCACAGCCCACCUCCCGGCGGAGCAGCGCAGGGCCAGCAGCUUCUUCUCCACCACGGGAAAUGCCCAGCAGGGCUGCUCUUUCCUUCCCCAGCUCCUUUCCUCCCUUUCUUCUUGCUGUCCCUUAGAUCUUGAAGGUACUCUUGUUGAAUAACGGGUUAGGAUAAGGCCUUUUUAAGCCAGUUAAAGAAGAAAGUUUAUUUCCACUUGGUUUUAGCUGUGUCCACUUUUGUGCUUUUCAGCUGAGCCCUCUCCUAGAGAACUCCAUUCAGUGGGAGGCCUCUGGGGGGGCUUCACAGACAGUUAACAGCCAGAUUUUAUUGAGCAGAGUCGGGUCGCUGUGGAAGCCUUCAGGUUGGGCCUUUGCCUCCGUUAUUCCUCCUCACAGUCUUAGCGCUUUGACUGGCAUAGUCUUUUCUGACUACUUGCCCCCAUACCAGCCCGAAGGAGCUUGGGGUGGGAGGAACAGGAGGGCAGGGCAAGGCAGGGCUUUGGCCUAGGGAUGGGUGGGUCAUGAGGCCAGUUACUAAUUUCCUGGAGAAACCUGGCUUUCUGUUUGGUUCUCAGGAGCCUUGGUCAGGCUUGGCAUCUUCUGGAGUCAGAUUGAGGUCUCAGCCUCUCCAAAGGGAAAUUCCCAGGCAGGACUCCUCUCUUCAAACUGGCAGUGCCUUCUUGUCCUCAUUUUAGGGGAGCUUUAAACCCAUGGCUAAUUUGGCUUCUGCCGCCAUAUGUGCUCAUUUCAUCUCAUUAGAUAGAAUAUGUUGAUUUUAUUUGUGGGGUAAUAGUUUACUCUGAGGCUGGAACAACCUCUUGAUACCCAGUCUUUCCCCCACUGUAUUAUUUGGAAAAACUCUGAACUUCUCAAAGAGGUUUUAUACUUUGACAAUGGAGUUUUCAGUUUAUCUGAUCUGCGUCUGGACUUAAAGUAGUAUUAAUUCAGGUUCCCAGAACCCAUUGUGGUCAUCAAGUGAGCAAUGCUUAGAUGCCAGCACCAUCUUAAAAGAAGGGGAUUUAGUCUGUGUAAUGUGGCCUGGAGCAUUGGAGGAGGAAAGCAUGGACACUGACUGUCCAUAUGAAGUGACCUCUGAACUUAAACUUGAUUUUCCACUAAAAUUGUGGGAACCUUCCUUAGCUGUCAGACCAAAGUAAAGGUUGUGGCCAUUGUAACUAUUGGAUGAGAGAGUGUGUGGUUUGUGGGGAGGAUGGGACAGGUUAAAUUGGCCUCUCAGACCUUGCCCGUCUCACUGGGUAUCCCUGUCUUCAGACUUUUGUCCAUUGAUUAGUUCUUCUCUUUAGCCGCAAACAAUUAGAUGGUUGUUUGGGUAGUUUUAUGGUGCUUGACCAAAAUUCUUCAUGGAUUUUUAACAAGCAGGUUGUUGCUGCUGGUCACCAGUCUAAAGUCUAGUCUAAAGAUGUCUAGUGGAAGUCCCCAGAGGGGUCGUCAGUGAAAGCCCUGAGAGAGCCACUAACACUAGGGUGGGCAGAGCAGUCCCCCUGAUACGAGUCAGAUGUCGUUCCUGGAAAGGCAGGACUGCUAUUUUUGCUUGGAUGUCUCUGCCUGUAUUUGCCAGAGCCACUCUGGCCAUUGCAUGGUUACUAGGAUGGCUCCUAAAACCUGGGUGGUGGGGAAUGGGUCAAGACUGUCUUUCCUGGGGCUGCGCAUGCCCUGCGCCUUGACUACAUCCCCUGCCCCAAAGGCUCGUUUGCUUGGAGACUGGGCUUGAGAGCUGAGCGAGGGAAGGGGCCAUCUGCCUGCUGGGGAGAUAGAUCCUGAGACGAGAGCUGAGCAGAAAUCCUGGUGCCUUACCUGUGACUUUGCCCCAGUGCCACUGGGGCAGUGUUCUUGCUGUGGUUUCCUCUCCUUUUUUUCAUGGGCAGAUGUUACUUCUGCCUUAUGACCUUUGGUUUUCCAUUUUAGCUGUGCCGAUGGGCUGUAGACCCAGACUGGUCUCUUUUCCCCCCCAGUAGAGUGCUCACAGGGGUCAUCUUUGGGAGCUAUGCAUAUCACCAUUCAUACCACCGUCUUUCAGCCUUACACUGUGUCCCUGGGGUUCUGCACUCCAUCCCUUUUGCCUGGAUGGAUGGAUCAGAACAGACUGUUUUGUUUUAGAAUGGACUUCCUUUUUCAUUGAUCUGUCCAUGUGCAGUGUUCACUUUCCCUGGGAACAGGAGGCUGGAGAGGACAGGUGUUUGAGGCUAUGGGCUGGUUUGGCUGCCUUGUUCCCCUGGAACUUCCAUUGGACUAACAGAGACUCUGGGAACCCCGUAAGUGAAGUAGGAAGUCAUACUCCAUUGCUAAGGAACCAGUAUUGGUGUCCACUUUCUGGCUUGUAUCCAAAGGUGGUCAAGAGAUGCUAGGAAACUUGGCCACUUUGAGAUCUGAUGUGAGGGUCAGUUUAGAGUCACUCUGUAGCUAGGGUGAGAUGAGAUGAGAACAUCUCAGUUCUCUAUUAAGUAGUUAAGCCAGACACCAAGUCCCUAAGAUUUUGAGACUAGCGUUUGGGCUCUCGGUGGCAAGAAUGGAAAAGCAGAGACCUGCCAGGAGAGGCCUAUCCCCUGUGAGGGCUAGUUUCUGAGAUACAUUGCAUUCCAGGAGAUGUAUGGGGACAUCAUGUGGAUUCUGUCGUCUGGGUCUCUUUGUCCUUUCCCUCCCGUCCAUUGUAUUUCACCUUAGAGCAUUACACCAGCCAGUCCUCUACAGAGCCUUAGGCCCAAGAUACCCUUCUCCAAAGAAGAUCGUCUUUUGUUAAGUGAAAUAUCCUAAAGGGUAAGUAGAAAACAGAUGAAGAUAGAUUUGGGCCAAAGUUGGGUGACUUACCCUCACCUCAUAGCUUGAAGCUAGUGAUCUUUUGGAAAUAAUGCAAGAAUACGUGCCUCCUGAAAGACAGUCUCUUUGGCCUUUGUUAUCAGAUGACAGUGUUGGUGUUUGGGGACUUCUCAAGCAACACCUGGUUGGGUCUUCAUAAAGAGAGGGGGGCACAUCUGUAAGUGUUUACUGCAGGGCAUUUGAAUGGACAGUUUUCACUUGAUGAAGAAUACAUACAAGACAUGUUACUUUUUGAUAUCAUAGUUGUGACCAGCACACCAGGGAGAUGGGUCACUCACGAGCCUCGUAGGUGAUGUCCUUCUCUCUUUGGGGGCCAGCUGGCCCAGGGAUUGGGGCAGAGGGCUCAGAAGGCAGUCCAGCAUGUGCUCUUGCACUGGGCACCAAUAUUCCCAAAUGCAGAAAUUACCUCCUGGGAUUGUGAGCCCAGUGACCUGAGGCACUCUAUUGCUGCCAUCUCCAUGUUACUCAUUUCUUUUGUACAAGAAGGAUCUGGUGGUUGGUGGAUUUUCCCUCUUGUUUUACAAAGGAUCAUGUAAAUUCAUUGAAGUUGUAAAAUUCUAUUUUUUCCAUGUAAAUCUAUUUUCACAGAAUGUAAGAAGCAUCAGUGACCUGGUCUAUACCUCUCCCUUUCUUCCCUGCUCUCUCCACCUGAGACCUUUCUUCCAUUGUAAUGUCUCUGUGUCCAAAGUGAACUAGGUGACUUAUUUGUAUAAAAUGUUAUUUUGUCACAAUCGAUAGGAAUAAAAGGACAUUUUCACAGCA